UGGCUGAAUUUGGUUUUUGGUUCCCCAUUUUUCUUGGUCUCUCUCAGCAGUUCCUCAAAACAAGCACGCCUUUCUCUCGUUUUCCUCGCCUAUUCCUGUCCCUAUUCCAUUCGCCUUCUUCACACAUCCUCAUUCAUUCCCACCACCUCUCUUUCACUCUUCACCAUGACAUUGCUUUUCUGAUUAAUCUCUUUCUUCCAUCUCAAUUUUAUGACUUUUUCUCUAGUUCUUAGGAAGUGUUCUUUGUGUUGAGACUGAUUUUGCCAAAAAAGAGUUGAAGAUGUCAAGCUUUGUGGGUGUUCUUGUUUCUGAUCCAUGGCUUCAAAGUCAAUUCACCCAAGUCGAGCUUCGUACCCUCAAAUCCAGAUUUCUUUCGUUAAGGAGCCAAUCGGGUCGUUUCAAGGUGGAAGAUUUGCCUCCUGUUUUUGCGAAAUUGAAAGCUUUCGACGAAAUGUUUACCGAGGAUGAGAUUAAAGAUUUCUUAAAGGAAAAAAGUAGAGCCGUGGGUGAAGAAAUAGACUUCGAGUCAUAUCUUCGGGCAUAUCUAGAUUUACAAGGCAGAGCAACAGCUAAAUCAGGCGGAUCUAAAAGCUCUUCUUCAUUCCUCAAGGCUGCCACAACUACGUUUCAUCAUGCCAUUAACGAAUCCGAAAAGGCUUCUUAUGUUGCACACAUAAACAGUUUUCUGGGUGAAGAUCCAUUUCUGAAGAACUAUCUCCCUUUAGAUCCAAGUACCAAUGAUUUGUUUGACCUUGCGAAAGAUGGUGUUCUUCUCUGUAAGCUUAUCAAUGUAGCUGUUCCAGGGACCAUAGACGAACGAGCUAUCAAUACGAAAAAAGUCCUUAAUCCAUGGGAGAGAAAUGAAAACCAUACCCUUGGCCUUAACUCUGCAAAGGCUAUUGGAUGCACAGUGGUUAACAUUGGCACACAAGAUUUGGUUGAAGCUAGACCGCAUCUGCUGCUUGGGCUGAUAUCACAAAUAAUUAAGAUUCAAGUGCUGGCUGAUCUUAAUCUGAAAAAAACUCCUCAACUUGUGGAACUGGUGGAUGAUAGCAAGGAAGUGGAAGAACUCAUAGGGCUAGCACCAGAGAAAGUCUUACUCAAAUGGAUGAAUUUUCAUCUGAAAAAAGCUGGCUAUGAGAAACAAGUUACAAACUUUUCAUCAGAUGUGAAGGAUGGAGAGGCAUAUGCUUAUCUGCUCAAUGCUCUUGCACCUGAGUUCUCUGGUCCAGGGACUUUGAAUGUUAAAGAUCCUUCUGAAAGAGCUAAUAUGGUUCUUGAUCUUGCAGAAAAAUUGGAUUGUAAAAGAUAUAUUACUCCCAAGGACAUUGUUGAGGGUUCACCAAAUCUUAAUCUUGCAUUUGUUGCCCAAAUUUUUCAGCACAGGAAUGGGUUGACUGUGGAUAGUUCAAAAAUGUCAUUUGCAGAAAUGAUGACUGAUGAUGCCCAAACUUCUCGAGAAGAGCGGUGCUUCCGGUUGUGGAUCAACAGUCUUGGCAUAGCUACAUAUGUCAACAAUGUUUUUGAGGAUGUGAGAAACGGAUGGGUUCUUUUGGAAGUUCUUGACAAGGUUUCUCCUGGAUCAGUAAUAUGGAAACAGGCAUCAAAGCCUCCUAUCAAGAUGCCAUUUAGAAAAGUUGAGAAUUGCAAUCAAGUGAUAAAAAUUGGGAAGGAGUUAAACUUUUCUCUUGUAAACGUAGCUGGGAAUGAUAUUGUGCAGGGAAACAAGAAACUUAUACUCGCAUUUCUAUGGCAACUGAUGAGGUUUACUAUGCUUCAACUGUUGAGAAACCUGAGAUCACACUCUCAAGGCAAAGAAGGAAAAGAGAUUACAGACGCUGAUAUCCUGAACUGGGCAAACAAGAAAGUAAAGAAAGCCGGUAGAACCUCCCAAAUGGAGGGCUUCAAGGAUAAGAACCUUUCAAAUGGUAUCUUCUUCCUUGAGCUUCUUAGUGCUGUGGAGCCAAGGGUGGUGAAUUGGGCUGUUGUUACCAAAGGAGAAACUGAGGAAGACAAGAAGCUGAAUGCGACAUAUAUUAUUAGUGUUGCCCGAAAGCUUGGCUGCUCCCUGUUCUUGCUACCUGAAGAUAUUAUUGAGGUAAACCAAAAGAUGAUCCUUAUACUCACUGCUAGCAUCAUGUACUGGAGCCUGCUGCAACAAGCAGAUGAGUCCGAGCAGUUAAAUGUGAACGACGGUAAUGUUUCAGAUGCCAACACAGAAGCUUCCAUGGAUGGGACCAAAUUGUCGUUGGCCAACCAAACUAGUGCUUCGGCAAUGGAGGACAAUGCUUCAGUUCAAAAUGAGGAAGAGUCUCAGGAAGAAACCUCAGCCAUUAAAAGUGCAAAUUCGUAAUAGAGAAAAGAACUACUCACAAAAGCAAACUCAGUAUUUUUAUUUUUUUUACUUUUUGAUUAAAUUUAUUUAUUGAGAGGAUAUAAUACAGGAAGAAAAAUGGUUACAGCUUAGCUUAUUCUACUGUUUGGUUAAUUAUGGUUUGAGGAGAGCCCUAUUAAUUAUGGUGCUCAUAUUACCCUCCUGAGGAAAUUAAAUUGUAGGGUCCUGUAUAUUCAUUUUCUUUAAAUUUUGAACUAGAAAAUUUUGUUAAUUAGGCUAUAUUGUCUUUUGAACAAUUAUUAUUAUAUCAUAUAUACAAUAAUAAUAAUAUGGGAAAGGAAAAAAAAAGGUUAUUAUCCUUAACCCCUUGUUUC